AGUUGUAAGAAGACACUUUCAUAUCCAGGCUAAGACAACUGCUUAAACAGCCGCAUCCUUCUUCUAUAAGCUCUGCUAAUAGACACUAGCUAGGAUUCCUUCAUCCACAGUCACAGAGAGUGAGAAAGAAAGAUGAAGCAUCUGGCUUUUGCCCUCAUUUUGGCCAUUUUGAUCUACCAACAGUGCUUUCACAUUCAUGUUGAAGCAGUAGGAGACGGUUUCAUCAGAACCAGAGGAGCGAAUUUUCUGUUGAAUGGAAACCUUUAUUAUGCAAAUGGGUUCAAUGCCUACUGGUUGAUGUAUUUGGCUUCUGACCCAUCUCAGAGAUCCAAAGUUUCAGCUGCCUUUCAUGAAGCCUCAACACAUGGCCUCACUGUGGGAAGAACUUGGGCAUUCAGUGACGGUGGUUACAGACCCCUACAGUACUCUCCUGGCUCCUACAAUGAGCAAAUGUUUAAGGGCUUGGAUUUUGUUAUAGCCGAGGCCAGGAGGUAUGGGAUCAAGCUCACACUGAGCUUGGCAAACAAUUACGACAGCUUUGGAGGGAAAAAGCAGUAUGUGAACUGGGCUAGAAGCCAGGGGCAGUACUUGACAUCCGAUGAUGAUUUCUUCAGGAAUCCUGUUGUUAAGGGUUACUACAAGAAUCAUAUACGGACUGUUCUCAACAGGUAUAACAGCUUUACUGGAAUUCAUUACAAAGAUGAUCCAACAAUCAUGGCCUGGGAGCUUAUGAAUGAGCCUAGAUGCACAUCAGAUCCUUCAGGGAGGACCAUUCAGGCUUGGAUAAUGGAAAUGGCUUCCCAUGUCAAAUCCAUAGAUAGAAAUCACUUGCUGGAAGCUGGUUUAGAAGGAUUUUAUGGGCAGUCGACGCCUCAGAGGAAGGGACUCAAUCCUGGUAUCGAAAUAGGAACGGAUUUCAUUGCAAAUAACCGGAUCCCUGGCAUCGAUUUUGCAACAGCUCACUCAUAUCCUGAUCAAUGGUUAUCCAGCACAAAUGAACAAUACCAGCUUUCUUUCUUGAACAAAUGGCUCAACGCCCACAUCCAAGAUGCACAGUACAUUCUUCGGAAACCAAUACUUCUAACGGAAUUUGGGAAAUCAUGGAAAGAUCCUGGUUUCAGCACCAACCAGAGAGACCUGCUGUUUAAUACCGUGUACUACAAGAUAUAUGCAUCAGCUAAAAGAGGAGGGGCAGCUGGUGGAGGCUUGUUCUGGCAACUUCUAACUGAAGGCAUGGACUCCUUCCGUGAUGGGUAUGAGAUAGUUCUGAGCCAAAGCCCCUCUACUGCAAAUGUUAUCGCCCAACAGUCCCACAAACUUUAUCAGAUUCGGAAGAUCUUUGCGAGAAUGAGAAAUAUCGAGAGGUGGAAGAGGGCAAGGGCCAUCAGAGGCAGGCGUAUCGAAAACUAGAUUGCAUGAAAUCCAAGCGUGUGGAGAUCGACAAGUUCGAUGUCUUAAGUAAAUCUAUUUGGUUGAGUUGUUUCCCUCUUAGAGAUGAAUGAUGUUUGUCCAGGAGGGUAACUUGUAGUACGAGAUUAUCAAACAUUUCUAUAUUUCUAUGACUCUGUAAUUGUGUUGUUAGCUGAGUUUUUCAGGGAGUUUUUCUAUUUGUAACAAACUGUUUGUGAGCUGAUAUAAUUAUUCCAAGGGUGAGAAGUCAAAAUAGUUGAACUUAA